CGGGGGUCCAAGCGGCGCAGGCCUUGGGGAGGGCGGGGCGGGGCCUGACCUCCCCCCUCCUCCUCGAGAGAAUGGUCGAGUCCUCGGCGCUCUUUGCUACCAGGGUGGCUGAGCUUGUUUGGGGCACCCUCCGGGCCCAGUGUAACUGGGCAUCCGGGGACCUCCAGGCCAGCGAGUUCUUGCUCCCCCUAGAUUCAGCAACAUCAUGAAGACCUCUGUAGAGCUCACCAUCAAUGGAAUUCAGGCCCUCCAGCUGCAGCACAAAGGCCGAGGGGGCUACCGGGUCAAGUCCAGCACAUCCUACGUGGAUGAGACUUUGUUUGGCAGGCCUGCAGGGGCCCGGCCAGCCCCACCAGAGUUUGACCCUCCUUGGGCAGAGAAGGCGGGAUCUGGGAAGGCUGUUCCAUUGACCCCUAAUUCUGAGGGUGCAAAAUGGCACCUGAAUUCCCACUCAUCCAGAGGAAGCAGCAGUGCCCCGCCCCAUACCCCCAGGAAGAAAAAUAAAUACAGGCUCAUCGGGCACACACCGUCCUUCUGUGAUGAGACGCUCUUUGGCUCUCGAGAGGAGGGCCCCACCUGGGAGGCACCGUGGAUGAAGAAAGAGGACACUGCAAAGCUCCAGCCCCUCCUGUGGACCCCACCGGCAGCACCCUGGACCAGUCGCUCCCCCCGUCCCAAGGAGACCCCCCUGCGGGCCAUUCACCCCGUGGCUUCCUCUGAGCCAAAGAACAGAAGCAAGUCAAACGUUUGGCAGAGGCCCUUGGGCAGGACGGAAUCCCUAGGCCCCCUCAAGAGGGGGUUCUCCCGGUCACUCACCCACCUGAAUGCCUCCCCCGAGGGGCACUCCCUUCCCACCAGUCCUCCCCACCAGAGGGGGCAGCAGCAGGCCUGGGCCCAGACAGCUGCGGUUACCUUCCGGAGCCCACUGGUGACCCCCAGGGCUCGUUCCAUCAGCCUCUCAGAACCAGCGACUCCCCGGAAGUAUCUGACUACCCCCAAGCCAAAGCCACCCUGGAAGUGACUUGUGACCCUUGCCUCUAUGUCAGCCCUGGGAGCACAGACUGGGACAGGGCCGUGGGCUUGUUCCAGGCUUCAGUCUUAUCCCCCCUCAUAAGGGUGGGAAGGGAAGGGAGCCUCUGCAGACCCCCAGUCCUUGAGAACAGGCCUGCCUCAUUCACAUGCAUAGAGGAGGCCCCCGUCCUCUGAGAGAGAUGGGCCUGGUCCUCAUUCUACCUUGUCCCCUUGUGCAUAGCUGGAGGGGUCACCCUGCUACCCAAUAAACCCUACUGUUGCCAA